GACGUCAUGUCCGUGCGCCACAGGAAGAAAACAAAGUAGUUUAAAUCGAAGACUGAUCCGAGGCCACUGAUCAAUAAUCAUUUUUGUUGUAUGUGGUCAGUUCAUAUAUGAAUAGUUCAAAUGAAAAAAUAGCAAACAUGACGAUCAAUUUAUAAUCUAGCCGACGAAUCAGACCUAUUCUACUGUUUCUAUUUGUCCACCCGGCUCCAAUCGGACCGGUUCCUCUGUAGGUGGGUUCUGCUGCUUUGUGUCUCUCGGGUAAAUACAGGCCACUGUGACGUUUGACUCCAGCACCAUGAGUCCUGGUGUGUGCCGGACCUGUGGUGGGUCAGAUAUAGACCUGGACCAGGCCCGGGGAAGUGCUGUGUGCACUGGCUGUGGCUCAGUCUUGGAGGACAACAUCAUCGUGUCUGAGGUCCAGUUUGUGGAAGGCAGUGGUGGAGUUUCAUCUGCUGUCGGACAGUUUGUAUCCUCUGAAGGUCCAGUUAAAGCUCCCGUUCUUGGGUCUGGUUUCCACACGGGGGUGGGCAAAGAGUCCAGAGCCCAGACCCUGCAAAGUGGAAAACGUCAGAUCCAGAACCUGGGUAGUCAGUUACAGCUGAACCAACACUGCCUGGACACAGCAUUCAACUUCUUCAAGAUGGUGGUCAGUAAACAUCUGACCCGUGGGCGGAAGACUGAAAAUGUCAUCGCUGCCUGUCUCUACCUGGUCUGUCGGACUGAGGGGACACCACACAUGUUGUUGGACCUGAGUGACUUGCUGCAGGUGAACGUUUACAUCCUGGGGAAGACAUUCCUGCUGUUGGCCCGAGAGCUGUGCAUCAACGCCCCCGCCAUCGAUCCGUGUCUGUACAUUCCUCGUUUUGCGCACAUGUUGGAGUUCGGUGUGAAGACUCAUGAAGUUUCCAUGACGGCUCUUCGUCUCGUUCAGAGAAUGAAGAGGGAUUGGAUGCACACUGGGCGCCGACCCUCUGGUCUCUGUGGAGCAGCUCUUCUUGUUGCAGCCAGAAUGCACAAGUUCCAUCGAACGGUGAAAGACGUGAUCAGUGUGGUCAAAGUCUGCCAGGCCACGCUGAGGAAGAGGUUAACAGAGUUUGAGGACACACCCACUAGUCAGCUGACGAUCGAUGAGUUCAUGCGUGUGGAUCUGGAGCAGGAAUGUGACCCGCCCUCCUUCACCGCUGGACAACACAAAGUCAAGAUGCAGCAGCUGGAGCAGGAGCUGGCCAAGAAGCUGGAUGAGGUCGAAGGUGAAAUCAGUACUUAUAAAGAUGAGAUUGAGACAGAGCUGGAGAGGAAUCAUCCGAAACUCAGAGGGGUCUACGCUGCCUACUCCAAAGAGAUUGACCCUCAAGAAGAAGAUGCCUCGUCUUUGACCUCUGAUCCAGAAGAGCGGAGAAGUGUCGAUGUCGAGCUAGAGGCUGCCGCUCAGCACCUGACCCAGGACUUCCUUUGUCAGGUGAUACAGGAGGAGACAGAGCAAGGCAAGAAGACAGAUGACAUUUGCAAGGAAGGAGAGGCAGGGUCUAAGCCUGAAGAGGCGGGGCCUUCUCGUCAGACCGCCCCUCUGGUCUCCAUUCUGGGGAAAUUAACAAAUGCUGCCAGCCUGGAUCUCCAGGAGAGCUUCACCACUUUGAAGGACACAGAGACAGACAACCAAACAGCAGAUGAGCAGCCGGAUGGAGGAGAGCUGGAUUUGGAUGGGAUUGAUGAUCUUGAGAUUGAAAAGUACAUCCUGAAUGAGCGGGAGGUUCAGGUGAAGACGGAGCUGUGGAUGAAACAGAAUGAAGAAUAUCUUAGAGAACAGAAAGAGAAGGAAGAGCGGAUCAAGAAGGAGAAGGAAGAGGGGACGUACAAGGAGAAGCCCAAAAAACCCAAGAAGAAGGCAGAGCAGAUUGAGGCGUCGACGGCAGGUGAGGCCAUUGCGAGGAUGUUAGAGAAGAAGAAGAUCUCCAGUAAGAUCAACUAUGACGUCCUGCGAGACCUGAACCGUCGCGGGAAAGGAAGUGAGACGGGAAGCUCCACCUCUGACACACCUACGGGGGCGGGACGGAAACGGCUGACCCGCCGCCGCCGCCGGCAGAAGACUAACAAUGGAGGAGACACUGACCGGGGCCUGGCUGCCACCGCCAGCAUCAUGGGAAAAAGGCUACGCCCACUGAUCUCCACUUCAACACCAAAGAAGAAGAAAACUGCAUCAGAGGCAGAGAACACCGUCUCCACAACAGAGCCUGUGAAGGAGGUGGUCUCUGAGGUGCAGGCUCCGCCUCCUGAUCCCACAACAGAGACAAGCUCCGCCCAUGUGGAUGAGGAGGAGGAAGAGGAAGAAGAGGCAGAGCCUCAGGAGGAGGAGGACCAGUGUGUGAGUGCUCUGCAGCUGAUUGGAGAUUACGGCUGUGACGUGGAUGAAGAAGAGGUCUUUUAGCUCCGUCCUGUUGACCUUUGACCUCCAGACUGUGACUGAUCACUGAUCAAUCAAACCAUGAACACGUGACACCAUGUCAUCUUAUCUUUACUCUGCGUUAUUGAUCACUGAACUUUUGUACAGACUUUUAAUGUCUUCACUGUUUUAUUGUAUUUUCGGUGUUUUAACUGUAUUUUACUUGUAAAUAUCAAGCUGUUUGUUUGUUUACUUUCCUGUAAAUAAGAACAUUAACUGUUUUUACUUUAAACUCAUUGUGUGGAUGUAAAAAUAUGUUUUUUACGUCAUCUG